AUGGGUAUGUUUUAAAGACAGAGAAAGAGAAGAAAUCAAAUCAAAUCAAAUACUAACUUCCCUCCUAGGUAAAUUGGAUAGUUAUGAAUAUCAUAAAAGACCAGAUUUAGUAUCAUUUGAUGAUAUUAAUUAUUCAAAUUUAAAACAAGUUGAAGAUGCAAGAAAAUCAAUGUUAAGAGAACAAUGGAUUAAAGUUUCAGAAUUAAAAAUAGCUCACGAAGCUGUCAGAAAAUGUAGACAAUAUCAUCAUGAUGAUGCAAGUAGAAAUUGUAAAUCAUUAAUAUUAAAAUACUUAAAAAUGUUGGAAUCUUAUCCAAUACAAGGUUAUCAAGGUUAUCAAAAGAAUGACCCAAGUAAAUAA